GUACUAGCUAGUAAGUAUAUUUUGAAAUGUUUUCUUUACAAGGAAGUGAUGACUUAUUAAUUCAAAUUCUCUCAAAUACAUGUCAACAGAACAAGAGUUCACUAGAUGCAGUAAUGGAUUUUGCUUCUACGGAUACAAUUACGCGAACUCAUAUUCCUCCGAAUAUUAAUUCACAGAAGAAGAUAAUAUCGAAAAGAAAACUGAGUACUCAUAGUAAUAAAAACGAUGGAAUUGCUUCAGAUGAUCAUUUCAAGCUUAAAAAAAUUAUACAUCGAGAUAUUGAACGUCAAAGAAGACAAGAAAUGGCUGCGCUCUAUUCUUCUCUUCGUUCUCUCCUUCCUCUACAAUAUGUCAAGGGAAAGCGUUCAGUAUCUGAUCAUAUGCAUGAAGCUGCGAAUUACAUAAAAGAAAUGCAAGGAAACAUAAAGGAAUUAGAGAAACGGAGAGACUUGCUGAUGAAGUCAAUUCGACAUGGAAAUGAAAAUGCUGACAAAAAUAACAGAUUCACAGAUUGUACUGUCACAGUUAGCCCCUGGCUGCAGGAAGGUAUAGAGAUCUCAAUCAGCGUCGAUUGUGAAGGGAAAACUUUUCCUCUUUCAAAAAUUCUGGGUGAGCUUUUGAAACAAGGGCUUAAUGUGGUGAGUUGUGUUUCUGCAAAAGCGGAUCAAAGGUCACUCUACUCAAUUCACACUGAGGCGUGUGAUAUGAACAACAUUGAUCACUUGGCAUUGCAACAAAAAGUGAUUGAUAUGAUCAACCUGGACUUAUAGUUCUCAGUUUACAAUUAAUAACAUAUCAUGCAACUGCAUUUCUACAAGCUUUUUACCAUGAGGCACAUGGUCUGAUAUUGUCAAAAUUAGAUUUAUUUUUUUUUAAAAAAUAAAUAAAUAAAAUUUGGCAGUAAUUAGACUUUUUUUAUUAAAAAUAAAUAAAAUAAAAUUUGGCAGUAGGGUUUUUGGGGGUUUGUAGAGAAUGCGUUGGUACAGCUUAAUUUCACUAAUGGUCUGGUGUUGAAAAUUGCGAUGUAUAUAAAGCAAUGAUGAAAAUAAAGGAUUUUCUGCAUUUCUACUU